AACCAUUGCAGCGGAACCAUAGAUUGAAAGUCGCUGGUUUCCCUCCGGAUCACGUCAGUAACCGGAACAGCAAAAAGGCAUGAGAGGAGAGCGACGCAGAAAUGAAUGGGUGCAAAAACCUGGACAUGUUGACAGUGUUAUAUCCGUAACGUCGUCAUGUUUUCAGUAGUAUAAAACAUAUCAAAAACACCUAUGGAUUUAACGAUGGAGUGCGACAUUUUGGACUCUUUGGAGGAGCUUGGCUACGCCGGUCCUCUGCUGGAGGAGAAGGCGCUGCUCGGAGCCGCAGAGGGAGGCCUGUCCUCUCCGGAGUUUGUGGAGCUGUGCCGGUGGCUGGCCUCCAGCCUGAAGCCGCUGUGUAAUCUGGAGGAGAGCAUUAUUUCCGGUCCAGAAGACUUGGACAGCCUUCAGCUGGAGAUGAGUGGUCUGCUCAAAGAGCUGCACUGUCCUUAUGGAGAUCUAGUUUCAGGGAUUCUCAAAGGCAGUGUGCAGAAUACAAAGGAUCAUCUCAAAUGUCUCUUGUUUCUGAGCUCUGAGCUCCAGGCGGCUCAGAUUGUGAGGAGCAAAGCAGACUCUCGUAAACAAGAAGAGGGUCCUGUUUGUGAGGAGCUCCUGGUCAUCUGUGAGACACUGAACCUGCCGGGGCCCAGAGGACAGGACGCAGCAGUGGUUCUGUCUCAAAUCCAAGACAAGGUUGAAAAAGUACUUAAAGAACUUCCAGAUGGCUCCAUUGAAAACCCAGUACUAAAGAAAUCUCUACACAGUGAACAAUGGGAGAAGUUGUACAACAUUAACGCAGCUCUGUCUUCAGAGUACGAGUGUCGGCGCAGGAUGCUGAUCAAACGGCUGGACGUCACAGUUCAGUCCUUUGGGUGGUCGGACAGAGCCAAGGUAAGGGUGGACAGCAUGGCGAGGGCCUACCAGCCCAGGAGACACUCUCUGAAGCCGCAGUCCAUCGUGGACAUGGCCCAGCUGCUGGCGGCCAGAGAGGACAUCUGCAACGUGGUGAAGACCAGCAGCGGCUCCAGCACGCAGAAGACCAGCUGCGCUGUCAACAAGAUUCUAAUGGGGAGGGUCCCGGACAGAGGAGGACGUCCCUCAGAGAUAUCAGCCCCGGCUCCUGAGAUGCCAUCCUGGAAAAAAAGAGAAGAUGGCGGACGCGGUGGUGGCUGGGGAGGCCGUGGUGGUGGAAGAGGAGGAGGCAGUUGGAGAGGAGGUGGAGGAGGUGGAGGAGGAGGUGGAAGGAACCAAGGAGGACAUGGUGGACAAGGAGGAAAGAGAGGACGGUACCAGUAUUAGUUUCGACCGACACUAUCUUGUGUUUUUUUUUAUAUAAGUGAUCAAAAAAUCAUAUUGGACAUGAACUGAACUCCAUCGAGGAAGAAAAAGUAACAGUAUUUCUACUUUUUCAUUUGUGCUUAAUUUUGCCUUUUUAAUUUUCUCAUCAGUGUUUGAGUAAAAAUAACAGCAAUCA